AUGGCCGGUACCCUCCAGCCUGGUCCACAUCUGGUACCGUGUCCGGAACCAGUACUGAUCCACAUCCGUAAGUGCUGUGAUUCCAUGGACUACCUGUGUUCAGACAAGCUGCUCUGCGAGGGGCGGAAACCGCAAGCUGUGCGCUUCUCCAUCAAACCCAAUGAGACCGUCAGCUACUUCAGAGCGCGCAUGGACAACAGGAAUGUGGUCCUGAGGGUGCUCAAAGAAAAUCCGAGUAACAGCGAGAAACAAGACUUUAUGGGGUUUGCUUCCUUCCUGUCUAGUCUGGGGCCCCACCCCUUCAUCCCCGCACUGCUGGGCGUUGUGUCGAUGCAGUCGCCUUUAGUUCUGGUGGUGGAGGAGCUGAAGCACAGAGACCUGCUGGGCUUCCUGUGGAGCUGCAGACAGGAGUACCUUCACAGCCGGCGGUGCAUUCAUGGUAACGUGGGAGCUUGCAGUGUUCUGGUUGGUGCAGACAUGACAGCUAAGCUGUGGGGAUUGGGCCCGGCGUACCGCAGGAGAACCUCAACGACAGCAGUGGAGGAAGUGGGGAUGAAGAAGUGGCAGGCACCUGAAGUCCUGGCCAGGAGUGGGCUGAGUCAGAGCAGUGACAUGUGAGUCGGAACAUGAAGACCCAGUUCAGUGGACCGACUGUCUCCCAGUUACUGAUGUGGCAUCUCUGGUUUUGGCAGAUGGUCGUUUGGGAUUCUCCUCUAUGAAAUGGUGACACUAGGUGAGUAACCAUCAUGCUGUAGAACAGAGGUUUGCUACCUGAGGCUCCAGAGUCAAAGAAGAG